UCGGACUCUUCCUGUAUUCAUCGUAGAUAACAAAGAAGGGCUUCGUAUUACAGAGCUGAAGGAUAUGAAUCAUAUUCAGGGAUCACUGAAGAUAACAAACCUCCAUAAAAUCACUGACGAGGCAGAGGCUAAGGAGGCAAUGUUAUCUUGUAAGUCUUCUCUCCAAAAGUUGGUGUUAAUAUGGAAAGAUAAUGUUUCAGUUGCAGAGGAGGUUCUCAGAGGCCUAAAACCUCAUCAUCAGCUGAAAGAGUUAAGAAUUGUAGAUUACAGUGGUGCUACAUUUCCACAAUGGCUUUCACACGACGUAACUAAGCUUCAGAAACUUGAGUUAGUUGGAUGUCAGUCUUGUUGCAACUUGCCUAAAAUCGGACAGCUCCCAGAUCUUAAACUGCUUCAUCUUAAAAAAAUGAGCAACAUUAGAAGUUUGGACCAAAAUUUUUGUGGGGUGAUUAGUACUAGUACUGGGUGUUUCCAUUCACUUGAGUCAUUGGUGUUACAUGAUAUGACAGAGCUUCAAGAAUGGAAUGGAUUGGAAGACAAUAUCAUGCCAUCGCUUCGUGAGCUUAAGAUUGUGAAUUGUCCGAAGCUGAAGAGUCUGCCUUUUUUUCUGUACCAGUUUACUUCACUUGUUGAUUUACAGAUUGAAGAGUGCAUAUCUUUGAGCUCGAUACCAAAGCUCCCAUCAUCAUUAGAGUCAUUGACAAUUGGAAAUUGUAAUCUGCUGAAAAAUAAAUGUCAAGAUGGAGGUGAACAUUGGUCAAACAUAAAAGAAAUUCGGGAUGUUUUUGUUGAUGGUGUAAAAAUGCCUACAACACCUGCUGAACACAUCUCUUCUCGAAAUGCAGAAAAUCAUAACACGUCUCUCCAGGGUUUCCAAUAUGUCAUUCAAGGUGUUGUUUCAGCAUUCGGACGGCUAUUUUGAAGCAUUUGAAUCAAUACAAGCAUUGCAUCAAUAAAUUGGAUUAUAUCAAAGUCGGCGCUGUAGAGAAACUGCUCAUCAGCGUCAUGGAGUCCACAUUUUACCUGAUAAAGUCCAUCAACAACAUAUUUGAUGCAGCUUUCCAUGGCUGAGUAACUCUCUUGUUGCUCAAUUUUCAACAAACACCACAGUGUGAGCCUUGUGCAAUUUUUUUUACCUGGACUUGGGUCGAGCUACAUCUACUUGUUCCGGUACUAAGACGACACCAUUUACCAAUUUAGUUUUUUCUACUUUGGUUUCUUUGGAUAUGUUUCAUUGUCAAUAAGAUGUAUAACUCGUAUUCCCUCUUUUCCCAAGCAAUGACUACAUUUUUUUUAUUUUUUUUUCAGUUGUUUGAAAAUAGUUCCUUGCUAUGUUCAUCAUUCACAUUUGUAAAAGAUACUACAGCAAUGAUAUGCAUGUAUAAUUGAGUAAAUUGACAUUUA